CAGCCCUACAGCAGCAGGACAUCCGGACAGGACGGCAGGCGCGGUCAACGCGAGCGCGCGUCCAGAGCAAAAGCGAGCGACCAAUCCUACUGCGAUCCGCGCAGGACCCACCGGCCGAUUCCGGAGUAAGCUUCCAGAACCUCCCGCCGAUCCGCACCACCCCAUGGCCGCCUCGGCCGCGCGGCCGCCGCCGUCUCCGCCGCCGCGGCUCGGGUCGCUGUGGUCGACGCUGGAGGACCAGCGCCGGGCGGCGGUCCCGCUGCUCUCCUCGGCGUGGACCCUGCCGACCACCUCCCACGCCGACGGCGAGGAUGGUGAGCGGCCCAAGGAGGGGCUGCUCCGGCGCGCGGGUGCGGCGGUGGCGGGGUGGUGGGGAGCCGUGUGCGCGGGGGUCGCGGAGAUGUGGGCGUUCGCCCGGGCGGACCCGCGGAAGGCCGUGUUCGCGGGCAAGGUGGGGCUGGCGCUGGCGCUCAUCUCGCUGCUCGUCUUCCUCCGGGAGCCGCGCGACAUCGUCAGCCACUCCAUCUGGGCCAUCCUCACCGUCGUUGUCGUCUUCGAGUUCAGCAUCGGUGCAACCUUAAGUAAAGGGUUUAAUCGGGGAUUGGGAACACUAACUGCAGGAGCUUUUGCUCUAGUGGUUGCAGAAUUGUCUAAACACCUGGGAAAAUUGGAGGAAGUGAUUCUUAUAACGAGCAUCUUUAUUGUUGCCUUUUUCACAACCUUGACGAAGCUGCAUCCAAAGAUGAAGGCAUAUGAGUAUGGAUUCCGUGUAUUCUUGUUGACGUUCUGCUAUGUCAUGGUCUCUGGAUACAACACUGGGAAGUUCACUGACACAGCUACAAGUAGAUUUAUAUUGAUUGCUAUUGGUGCUGCUGUCAGUCUUGGAAUCAAUAUAGGUAUUUACCCAAUCUGGGCAGGAGAGGAUUUGCACAAUUUGAUAGCAAAGAAUUUCGCUGGUGUUGCAAAAUCCCUGGAAGGUUGUGUUGAUGGAUAUCUGAAAUGCAUGGAAUAUGAAAGGAUUCCUUCAAAAAUACUUGUGUAUCAAGCAUCUGAUGAUCCUUUAUAUAGUGGGUACAGGGCAUCUGUUGAGGCAUCAGCACAGGAGGAAACCUUGCUUGGUUUUGCUAUAUGGGAGCCACCCCAUGGCCCUUACAAAAUGCGGAACUAUCCUUGGAGGAAUUUCACUAAAGUUGGUGGAACAUUAAGGCACUGUUCCUUUGCAGUCAUGGCAUUGCAUGGUUGCAUUCUUUCAGAAAUUCAGGCACCACCAGAAAGCAGAAGGGUUUUUGGUGCAGAGAUUCAGAGAGUGGGACAAGAAGGUGCUAAAGUGUUGCGGGAGCUUGGAAACAGAGUCAAGACAAUGACCAAGUUGAGUUCUUCAGAUAUUCUAUUAGAAGUCCACAUGGCAGCUGAAGAGUUGCAAAAAAAGAUUGAUGCAAAGUCAUAUCUUCUGGUGAACACUGAAAGAUGGGAUGCUAGCAAGCAAGCUCAAGGAAUCAAAGAAGCCAUGAAUGGCACCAGUGUUGUGGAAAAGGAGAACAAGGACAAAGAAAACAAGAAUGAAGUGGUGGAACCUACCAUUGUUGAUCAAACUUUAGUGCAUCAAUCAAAAAGCUUUCUUGAUAAUUCAUUUAUGAGCAGAUUUGAUUCAGCAUCAACAAUGGACGGUUUUAAGCCACUUCUGUCUUGGCCGGCUCAAAGAUCAUUCCAUCCGAACUUGCCACUUGAAGAUGAGGAGUCCAAAAUAUAUGAAAGUGCAAGUUCUUUGUCCUUGGCCACAUUUGCAUCGCUUCUGAUCGAGUUUGUUGCCCGACUACAGAAUGUUGUUAAUGCAUUUGAAGAGUUGAGUGAUAAGGCUAACUUCAAGGAGUCUGUGGAGGAACCUGCUACACUUACCACAAAUGAUGGUGGGUUUUUGGAUAAAAUAUGUAAAUUGGUAGGAUUGCAGAGUCGACACUGAUGAUGACCCUGCAAGGUUCUUCCAUCUGAAACCUUGCAUCAUGUUUUGUCACCCAGUUUCCUUUUUUUUUUUAAUUAUGGACUAUGAAAUGUGUAUAAAACUAAACUUGUGACUGCAAUCAGAUGAUUGCCAGCUGUAUUGCUGAUGGAGCUCAGUUUACAGCCACAGAAGUGAUCCACUAUGGUAAAAUUUUGAUCUAUG